AUGAUGCCCGAUCAGCAUCAGGGUCUCGGUCGCGGUCCCAUUCGCACUCGCCAGCGCAUUCUCGAUCCCGAUCCCCUUCUGAUGUUCGCGCUCGAGAGCGCUCUCAUUCGGAUGCCAAGUCACAAUCUCGGUCGCAAUCCAGGUCAAGAUCCCAAUCCCAGAGGUCAGCAUCUCCUGAACCUCACCACUCCGAUACGGAAAUGA